AUGUACAUAAGCUAUCAUCGAAAUCAAUAAAUAAUUGGAUAUUGCAUAGAUAGACCAUGCCCAAAUUAAAGGCCUUAUUGUCAUUUUUGCUUGCCUCGUCAUGGUCAACAUCUUGACAGGUUAACAUCUUAAGAACUUUUUAAUGAAUGGAUUUAACAACGAAUCCUUAGUGCCCACAAUGUAUAAAAGAAUGUUUAAGAGUGUAAAUUAUCCUUUGAUAGUCUUCUCAAUUUGUUGAUUCCUUAUAUUAACUUUAAUAUAUAGUAAUUCUCAGAAAUAGGAAUUUCAUAGAUUGAUAUCAUGAUAAAAGGAUUAUUUUAAUUGGAAGGUUGCGAGGAAAUAUUAUUUAAACAAUUUAAACAGUCUGUCGAAUAAAUCAAAUAGAUUAUAGAUUAGAUAUUAAAAAAAAUAAAGAAUCAAACAAAUUAAAAAGAAAAGUGUAAUUAGUAAUCUCAAAAUUCUGACAGAAAAUAAUUAAUAUUAGAAGAGUCAUAACAUCUAAGUAACUUUAAAAUAAAUUCAAACCAGUUCACCUUUGAGCUCAUGAAUUAAGACUCAAUUAAAUAAGAUAAUAAUUCUUAUGCAUUAGCUUUUAAUAAAGAUUAAUCUAUCAUAUUAGCUGGAUGUAGUAAGGAUAUUAAAGUAUUUGAACAUUAAUAAGGGAAAUUAAAUCAGGUUUAAUUGUUGAGUAUGCAUACAAGUAGUUACUUUAAAUUUUAUGAAAAAGACUAAUAAUUUUGUAUCUGGAAAUUUAGAUAAUUAAAUUAUAAUAUGGUAGGUGAUUGGAAAUAAUUAAUGGAAUUGUUAAUAAAUAUUAAAUGGACAUUCUGGUAGUAUAUUUUGUUUAUUGUUAAAUAAUACUGA